AUGAGCCUUCCCAACAAGCAGCCUGCCCGUCAGCUCCGCCAGAGGACCCCCAAGGAGGAAGGGAGGGACCUGCGCAGGGGACGCAUAGUAGGCGAGCAGCCCUUCCGGAGGCUGUUCCCACCCUCCCUCUGCGGGCUUAUGGCCCUCCUGAUGAAGAGGGCAACCAGCCCUUACAUUAGGGAGACUGGAGAACCUAGUAAGACAGUACCAGGCAGCAAGAAGAAGCCCCUCCUCCCCAAACCCAGGGUAACCCUUAGAGUGGAGGGGAAGCCCACCCAGUUCUUGGUGGACACUGGGGCUCAGCAUUCAGUGUUACUGCAAACAGAUGGACCCCUCUUAAAUAAAAAAUUGUGGGUGCAAGGGGCUACAGGGAACAGACAGUACCCAUGGACUACCCGAAGAACGGUGGACCUAGGCAUGAGCCGGGUAUCCCACUCGUUCAUUGUCAUUCCUGAGUGCCCCUACCCACUACUGGGAAGAGACCUCCUCACCAAAAUGGGUGCUCAAAUUCAUUUUGACCCCGAGGGACCGCAGUUGUUAAAUCGACAAGGAAAGCCUCUCCAGGUACUAACUCUCAGGCUGGAAGAUGAAUACCAAUUGUUUAAAAAACAAGGGCUGGAGACCGGACAGAUGGAUUGGUGGUUAGAAAACUAUCCCCAGGCGUGGGCAGAAACUGCAGGGAUAGGGAAGGCUAAAAACCGGCCCCCCAUCCACAUAGAGCUGAAGGCUCAGGCCAGUCCUAUAGCUGACCGACAGUACCCAGUGUCCCGAGAGGCACAUGAAGGCAUCCAACCCCACAUUGCCCAUUUGCCCCAGCUGGGGAUCCUACAGAAGUGCCAAUCAGCCUGGAACACACCCUUGCUACCGGUCCGAAAACCUGGGACUAAUGACUACCGACCGGUCCAAGACCUCCGAGAGGUAAACAAGCGGGUGGCCAACCUCCACUCCACAACUCCUAACCCCUAUAAUCUUGUAAGCUCUCUACCCCCAGACAGGACCUGGUACUUGGUACUGGAUCUCAAAGAUGCAUUCUUCUGUUUACCGCUGGCUGUAAAAAGUCAAGAUUACUUUGCCUUCAAAUGGAAAGAUCCAGAGACUGGCCUAGCAGGGCAACUCACUUGGACCCGCCUGCCUCAAGGAUUCAAAAACUCGCCCACCAUCUUUGACGAGGCUCUGCACCAGGACUUGGCUGUGUUCCAGGCCUCUAACCCCCAGGUAACUCUGUUGCAGUAUGUAGAUGAUCUCCUCCUGGCAGCGGCCGACGAGGAACUGUGUCUGGAAGGAACAAAGCAUCUCCUGACAGAGCUGGGAGAACUGGGCUAUCAAGCCUCCACCAAAAAGGCCCAGAUCUGCAAGCGACAGCCCCGCGACCGCUGGCUCACAAAUGCUCGCAUGACUCACUAUCAGACUCUGUUACUGAACUCAGACUGGGUUACUUUCGCUCCCCCGGCGAGCUUAAAUCCAGCCACGUUGCUCCCAGACCCUGACCUUGAUCCUCCUAUCCAUGACUGCCAACAAGUGCUUGCUGAGGCACAUGGAUGGCGGAAAGACUUGUCAGAUCAGCCUCUGACGAACGCCAAAGCCACCUGGUACACUGACAGCAGCAGUUUUCUGGAGGAAGGAGUACGGAAGGCAGGAGCCGCUAUAGUAGACGGCCAGAACCUGACAUGGGCACAGGCCUUACCUGCAGGAACGUCCUCCCAGAAGGCAGAACUCAUCGCCCUCACAAAGCCCUUGAACUAG